UAAUAAUAAAUAAUCAUUUAUUCUGCAAUCUAUUGCCUAUUAGACGUGUUUGUGGUCUGUGUUUCGUUUUAUGAGCGCUGACCUUGGUUUACGUACCUAUUUAAUCUCCAAUCGCCGGUGCUUAUUUUACGGAAUAAUUCUAAAUUCGUCAAGUUUCACACCACUAGUGUCAAGAUGACGAUUCGUUGGGGCAUUGUUACAUCCGGCAAAAUUAGCCAUGAUUUCGUUAACGCAGUCAACAGUUAUCCAGAUAAAGGAGACAUGGUGAUAGCCGCAGUCGCAGCUCGAGACAAAUCCAGAGCUGAAGAGUUUGCCAAAACCCAUGGAAUACCUAAAGUAUUCGCCACUUACGCUGAUAUGGCCAAAAGCAACGAUAUUGAUGUGGUUUACAUCGGUGCACUUAAUCCGGACCAUUACCCCCUCACUAAACUAUUCCUCGAAUCGGGAAAACAUGUUCUUUGCGAGAAACCAUUAUGUUUGAAUUUUAAACAAACGCAAAGUUUAAUCAACAUUGCGAGAAAUAAAAAACUCUUCCUCAUGGAAGCAGUGUGGUCCCGCUUUUCACCAUCUUACAUCGCUUUGGAAAGAGAGAUUCAGGCGGGAAAACUGGGAGAGCCUCAAUUCCUUGAAGCCAACUUUGGUGAAUCAAUUUUAACAGUUGACAGAUUGAUCAAAAAGGAAAUGGGUGGAAGUGCUAUCCUGGACCUUGGAAUUUACACGCUACAAUUGGCCCAAUACAUAUUCAAAGAUGAACCUAUAAAAGUGACUGCAGUUGGAGAAUUGAAUGACGAUGGAGUUGAUUUAGUAGACACAGUUAUUUUGGAGUACGCUGGCGGAAGACGAGCAGUGCUUAACGCACAUUCAAAAUUGAAGUUGUGGAAUAAAGCAACUGUCGUUGGUCCUCUUGGAAGAGUUACACUCGAGGCUCCUUUCCACUUCCCCGACACUGUCACCCACGUCGACGGCAAAGUGGAAAAGUUCCCUCUGCAUAAGUCGAGCCUCAAAUACAACUUUGUAAACAGCGCCGGAUUAGUGUAUGAAGCUCUUGAAACCGCGAGAUGCAUAAAAGAGGGAUUGAUAGAAUCACCGCGAAUGUCCCAUCAAGAGUCUCUUGUGCUAGCAAAACUUAUGGAUACCGUGCGCAAGCAAGUUGGUGUGCAUUAUGACGUUGACGACUUGGAGUUCUAAAACUAAAAUCGCCAUUUUUGGGUAAUCCAUAUUCCAUACUUAAUAUGCAUUGGAUCCAUAUGGAACCAUGAAUAUUUACCAAUUAAUUUUUGUAUGUUAAGUAAUAAAUUGUUUAAAAUAUU